GGUGGGUGGGAGGGAGAGGUGCUACUGACACAGGCAGACACAAUGAAGCCCCUCCUUGUCAGAAUGCUGCUUGGCACCCUGCUGGAGACUGCCUUGGGAAACCGCAUGCGGUGCUAUGACUGCGGUGGAGGCCCCAGCAGCUCCUGCAAAGAGACCGAGACCACCUGUGGUGAGGGUGAACACUGUGGCUUCCUGGAGCACAAACCCUGGAGCAAGCCAUCUGGAAACCCCUCAGUGACUGUGAUUCAUCACCAUCCAGCCUGCGUGGCGGCCCAUCAUUGCAAUCAAGUGAAAACAGAGUUGGUGGGAGACGUGACUUACACAACCCACAGGGACUGCUGCGUCGGAGACCUGUGCAACAAAGCUGUGGCAGCGAGCACUGGGGCCCCGGCGUGCAUCUUGGCCGCAGCAGCCACCGCCCUAGCCUGGCUCAUGCCAGAACUGUGGAGAGGGUAGUGGGAGUAGGGGAAGGGAAGGGAGCAAGAGAGCAAGGGAACAAAGGAGAUUUGAGGUGAGAAGACAAACACUCUUCUGUGAACCAUUAAAGUCUAUUGACAAGUCUA